AUGCAGGUCGGCCUCUUGUCGCUCUCCACCGAGCUCCUCACCCUCAUCGUCGCCGCGAGCGCCGCCACGGCAGACGUUGACCCCUACACAGGCGUUACCCGGGCCACCAUCCUCGGCAGCCUGCGCCUCACCUGCUCGCGGCUCUCCGCUGCCGCGACACCACUGCUCUUCCGGAGCAUCAGGCUGCGACCCGCCGACGACUCCAUCGCCGGGUGGCACGCGCUCCUCGACGGCCCGUCCUCCUCCGACCUGCGCUCGCUCGUCCGCCGCGCCGUCUUCGAGUCGGAGUUUGAGCGGCAGGACCACUGCACCAUCUGGACCGGGGGCGGCGAGGCGGAGCUUACGGAUCUCACGGACGAGUGGCACGCCGCGGUCGCGCGGCUAGGCGAGUUUGCCAACGUCGACGAGGUGUACGUGCGGUUUUCGCCGCAGUGCGGGCUGGAUGACGCCGGCCAUGAGGAUUACGACGAUGCGGCUUGGUACUAUGACUUUCGGGGGAGUGACACCAUGGAGCAGCGGCGCGAGAUUCUGACGGCGGUGUUUGAGGCCAUGGCUGAUCUGCCAAAGGGGCGGCGCAUCCGCUCGUUGUCCGUCGAGAAUCUGCAAAAUGUCGUCGACAAAAGGUUUACAAACAAGCCGUGCUUCGGCGAGGUGUUGACGGGCCUGGAGAAGCUUCACGUCAGCGUCGCCACCGAGGUCGACGAGGCCUCGCCCGAAAACGGCCUCUCCAUGCCGGCCAUUGUCAAGUUCUGGCCCGCCUUUACCGACACCUGGCUGCGCCCUGCCGCCCCGAGCCUUGCCGCCUUGACGCUCUACUGCGAUAAUUACUUUGGCGCUGUGCCGUUUUGGCAGGGUGGUGGCGGCGGUGGUGGUGGUGGUGCCGACCCAGACUCCGACGCAGCACACCGGCUCGUGUUUCCCUACCUCAGAGCCCUGGCGCUGGGCAACUACGUCCUCGGGUACGAGUCACAGCUCGACUGGCUCGCGAGCCCGACCACGUUCCCGCGGCUGGAGCGCCUCGCGCUCGACGACUGCCCCAUCAUGAGCCACCUGCUCGUGUACACGGCGCUCCCGCGGCACCUGCCGCCCGUGUACCCAGAGAGGCUCCAUCUCAUCAAGACAGAUCCCGACGCCUCCGAGGAGCGCCGCAAGCUCAUGCUGGCGUCACGGCUGCGCUGGGAUGCCGUCUUUGACCGGCUCCGGGAGGGCUUGCCGUCGCUCAAGACGUUUGUCUUCACCAGAGGGGCCUGGCAAAACGGCAAGGCGUUCAGCCAGAGAAACUACAACGUCUCGCGGUUCCUGGCGAGGCGCUACCUGGGCUACCAUGAGGGCAUCGGGCCCUCGCAGUUUUUGGAGCCAGAUGUGCACCCGGAUGAGGUUGAGGGUCCUGUCAAGCAUUACUACGAUGCCUACAGGCAAAAGGAUUAUCGAGAUACUAUAGAUGACGACGAAUUGGGCUUGGAGCCGCCGUCCAGCGACCCAGAAGUUUACAAGGCCGAGCUAGGUGCGUUCAACAAGCUCAACGAGGCCUUGGCGCAACGUCGGUAG